GAGACCCCAUCAUUGCAGCAGCGAUGGCGAAACCCGGUGUUUAGCGACCAAAUCGCCCAUUUAUCCUCCGCGUGCAAUCGUUAGCGACCAAUUUAUUCCCGCUCAUCUAUCAGUUCAACAUGCGACGAUUCUAAUGACACCCAUUUUGUGGAGGUGAUUUCUGAUUUCGUGUAGUUCGACGAGCAGUUUCUGCUUGGCAGUGGAGUUCAGGUUUUCUUUUUUCGUUGUUGCGUGGAUCGGUACGAGCAAAACAUUGUGGAGAUUUGUAAAUCACAGUCAGCACCAUUAGUUGCAGCAAGAUGGUAGUCGCUGCGUAUAGCAGCGGUACUUCCAAGCAAUUGGAGACGCUUCGGAAGAAAGUUCACGAGGGGAACUACUAUGAAGCCCAACAAAUGUACAAGGCGGUUCAUUCCAGAUACAUGCACGCAAAGAAGCACAAGGAGGCCAGUGAACUCUUGAACUCUGGUGCCGUGGCGAUGCUUAAGCAUGGGGAGGUCACAUGUGGGACAGAGCUUGCUUUGCUUUUGAUCCAGACGUUCCAUGUGGCCAAAACACCUUUCGAUAGUUCUACAUUGGAUCAAAUAAGAGAAAUUUAUAAUGCAUAUCCACGGGCGUCAAGCACAGAUCAAAAGCUAUCAGGUGACAAAGGGGCGAGUUACUCAGACACAGAAGCUUCUGAGGCCGCAGUCAUUGCAAGGACUCGUGUUGAGGGAUGCACAUCGUUCUUGCGGGCAGCUCUUAAGUGGUCGACUGAAACUGGGGGCUUUUCCAGAGGUGCCCCUGAGUUGCAUGACAUGCUUGGCGAAUACAUUUGGACUGAAGCUCCCACUCCUGAAAUGACGAAAGUAUCACAACAUUUUGUGCGAGGGAAUCAUCCGGAGACAUUCGCUAAAGUUGUUGUCGACUGUAUGGACAAGUGCUAUUCUGGCGAAGCGGAUUUGGUGGUUGCGAGGGCCAUCUUGCUAUAUUUGUCCCUAGGUAAUCUGAGAGAUGCCAAUCGCCUGUGGGAUUCUGUUAAGCAAACACUGAGCGACAACUUUCAAGAACUUCCGGAUACUCCACUGUUGCAAUUUAUCAAGUUCCUUCUAUUAACACUUGAGAGAGAUGCACUUCCGUUGUUCAGGAUGCUUAAGCAAGAGUACAAGUCUAGUCUUGAUCGCGAUCCUUCCUAUGAUGAGUACCUGAAUGAAAUAGGGGAGCGGUUUUAUAAUUUGCAGCGAAGAAAUGGUAUGCAAGGCAUACUUGGAGACUUUAUGAAGAUGUUUGCGAUGGAUAACUGAGACAGGUGCGAGAUAUGCCUGUAGUUAGUAGAAUUCAGACAGGUUGUCAUUAUAUUCUUGAAAUCACAUGGGGCACCACCGGACGUGUUCUUUCAGGUGGUGGUCACGCAUUGUCGCUAUAUUGUGGACAUUAACUCAUGCCACACUAAGGCUGAAUGUACAUUUCUGGUAUCUCUUUAGUCUUGUGCAAGGGAGCAUGUGACAUUCACUGCUGAAAGGUCUCGGCAAGUUAUACUAGAAAUGUGCUUUAGACCUAGAUAGGCUAUUUGUGACGAUAAGGAGUGUACGUUUACUGGUGAGCUGAAUCCUGCCCUUGACAAAUCAUCAUUUUUCUGUAAGGUAUAUUGAAGACAGACCUCUAUUUGAGGAAUGUAAUGAGAGUAGGGUAUUUUUCAUAUAUUUGUGUUCGCCCCAAAUUAAGUCCAUUUCCAGAACCAGGAUAGGUUGCACAUUUUCUAGUUUGUUAUUUUAAUGUACGGAUAAUUCUCAAUUAUAUCUCCUAUUGACACAAAUGUUAUCCACAUUUAUAGCGACCUUAACUCAAUAAAAAGCAUCUUGACAGAAGA